UUUAGUUAUGUAGCCAUAUUGUUAAUCAGUAACAAACUAUCGUGAAGAUAAUGCAGUUAGUUAUUGACGAGUUUAAGUUUUGUAAAAAGAGAUCUUUGGAAAUGGUGUAAAUUGUAAAUAAAAUAUAUUUGAGGACUUUGAAUAAUGGAGCAGUUAGAUGAAAAGAAAAGUAAUUGGAGACAGAACACAUUUUAUAUUGUCUGAUGUCAUGGCUGUAAAUAAAUCUGUAACCAAAGAUAUUAAGUUUUACAAACGAGUGUUACAUAAAAGCCAACAAAGGUUUUUGGAAGAUCUUGAUCCUGGUUCGAUUUUAGACUUAUUUUUGGAGAGGGACUAUCUACCAUACACUCAAGUGCGCGAUAUUCAGGAACAGAGAUUAACAUCUGACAAGACUAGGGAGAUAAUUAAGAAAGUAAGUGCUAAAGGUGUCGGAGGGUAUGAAACAUUUAAAGCACUGUUAAGAGAAUCACAUCAAGAACAUCUUACUGAAUUCUUGGAUAAACAGGAGAAGACCUUAGCAAAAGAAAUCAAAAUGGAAGAAAAGAAAAAAGAAGAGAAAGAUAAACAAGCCCGGGCACGGGAAACUGUUGCACCUGUACAGCCAGGAAAUAAGAGGAUUCCUGAUGAUAGAGAGUUAUCGGCCAUUUCUGCUCACAUUGGAAUGAAUUGGGAGAUGCUUGGACCACUUCUUGAAGUAUCUACACCUACUAUUGACCAGAUAAAGUUAGAUUUCUCAUCAACAAGACAGAGGAUAUUCAGACUUCUUUAUGAGUGGAGUAGCAUGAAAGGUCCAGAUGCUACUGUUGAAAGUCUUUUGUCACAGAUGAAAAAGGCUUCUGAAGUCAAUAUUACUUGGGAUAAUGUGGAAGAAACUAUCAAACUUUUUGAUUCGGAGGAAAAAAGGAAAACCGACAGAAACACGUUACAAAGUGCAGCUGGUGCAAUACCAAAAACAGGUAUGAGUGAACAGUCGGGUUACGACGAAACAAAUGCUAUAAAUAGAAUGCAGCUGUUAAAUCUUGGUAUUCCCCAAGAAAAUAGUACAGAACAGAAUAAACAAGAUCAGCCAGCAAGUUCAGUUGCAGAAAGUAAUAACAUUUCGUUGCAAACAAUGCAAAGAGAGCUUGGAAAUACACGCAGACAAGGGGAGUUUUUUAGUAACGAGAACUUUCCUGAUCUUUCUAGAAAAAGUUUCGUUACUGAGAACAGACCAGAUGGACAGCCUUAUAAAGGGGCACAAGUGGGAAAGUCAGGUCAGCUUACAAAUGCAGAUGAAACAGAUGCGGUUCGAAUGCGUUCUCUGGAAGGAAAAUUAAAUGCCAAACUUCCUCUACCCACGUUCUCUCCGGCAAACACUGCAGGGACAUCUGGCGUAACACAGGCAACAACAACUUCAGAUACGUCAACUGCUACAUAUGCUAUUGCUUCAGAUGGUAAAGCUCUUGAGGCUCUUGUGGAUUCAAAUACAGCAAAUGCAAAUUCUGGUGGAAAUGUUACUGUUGAACAAAGUCAGUCAGAUGAAGAUGUAAUGAAAAGCAUUUCUAAUAUAAAAUUAAACGUAGGAAUACUAGAGAAGAAAUUAAACGUAGGAAUACUAGAGAAUGUUGUUUCAAAAGAACAAACACGAGACAGAGAUUGUGAUGAUGAUAACAAAGAAGAAAGAGAAGCAAGACUGAAAGCUAUUUUCGCUACGGGAAAGGACAUGAGGCUAAAAGUUUUAACACCUGGAAAUGUGAAAGAUUUACUUAGCAGUUGUGGCAAUGAACCUGAACACAAGGGAGGAUUUGGAGAUAUAUAUGUGU